UUUUAAAAAUAUUGUGCGGCGUCCUCGGACUGUUUAUUUCUCAGGCGUGCCUUCGUGUAGUUAGCCGAGGCACUUGCACGUAUUUACACAGAUCGAGUACUUACGCGGAAUAAUGCCCAAACUCUUCGUUUUUUAAGGUGGAAAUCACUUUGAGAUAAAGUGUCUGCCAAGAUGGCGAUUAACUUGGGGGUUAAGGCUCUUCUCAGCUGGGUCAACAGCAUCAAACUGUCCGACCGAGACAUUGCAGUUGACGAUUUACAAGAUGGGAUUGUCUUCCUGAAAGUAAUUCAUGUGCUGAAAAAGCAACCCAACCCCUGUUUCAGUCAGUCCAUUGAAGAGCGGUUCAAUGUCAUCGCAAACUUCGUAGACGGAGACUGCAGAUUUAAUGCAGCCAAAGGCACGUCACUGCAUUGGGACAACAUAAUAGAUGGCGUCAACCUAACUGCAGAAGUUGCAAAGGUGCUGUUGUUGCUCUUGUAUUACGAUAUGAUGAAUGACCGCUGCACCUUGAACAUGUUGGAGUGUGAUGUGGAGCGUGAGAUAGCAAACUUAACUGGUUCCUUUGUGAUGGAGAGCGAAGGCUGUGUUUAUCUGAGCCAGCGACUUGACGCCUAUUUGUCAAAGAGACAUUUGCCUGUCUCCCGUGAAAUUUUUGAGCGAUCAGCGACCACCUCUUCCUCCAAUGUGUCGACAAUCUCCUCGCUGUCAGAUGACGAGUCCCCCGUAUUCCACCGCACUCAGAAAAUCACAUUUGUGGACAUGCAAACUGUAGCUUCUUCCUCAGUGAGCAUGUCCCCUUUGCAGGAUAUUAUGAACACACCUAAAUUUCAGAUGAGGAAGAUGCAACGUCAGAUGGUCAAGGAGAGAGAUUACCGAGACGGGUUGGAGAGGGAGCUGUCCAGCAAACUCGCGCUCAUUGCACAGAAAGAGUCUCACAUUAACCAGUUGCAGUAUCGUCUGGAUAAGCUGAAAGAAGAGCAAGGUGAUCAGGAGCAGGUUUCCAGGGAAGAAAUGAUUGAUCUUGAGACCAAGAAUGAUACGCUACAAAUGCGUCUUAAUGAGAUGUUGAAGCAAAAUAAAGACCUCAAGAGUACGUCCUCACUUACGGAGCGUAAAGUGGAUGACCUUACUGAAGAAAAUGGUGUACUCUCUUCUCGGAUGAGAGCAGUGUGCUCUCAGCUGGCCAUCUUCGAGGCAGAAGUCGGCAGGCUGACAGAGACCCAAGCAUCAGCUCAGCAGGAGUGGCAAAGCACAACAAGCCACCUACAGACAGAGCUCAACCAAGCUACUGCUCAAAAGGAGCUUCUGACUGAACAAAUUCAGAUCCUGCAUGGAAAGAUUUCCUGUUUGGAGGAUGAAAUAAGAAAGAUCACUGAGGAAGAAGUAGGAGAGAAUAUGGGGCCUGUAAUGGAGAGAGAAAUGGUGGAGACCGAGAUCACUGGUUUGAAGAAUGAGCUAGAGAGCACAUUUUGUACUCUGAAAAAGGCUGAGGUAGAGAUUCAGACCAAAACGCGUCAGCUGGCUGAAUACCAACAAGAAAUUACUCAACAGAAAGAGCUCCUGAAGCAACAACAAUCCCAAACAGAGGAAAUGAUUCAAGCAAAGGAUGAAAUUUUGGACAAUUUGCAAAAGGAGAUCACUGAGCAGAGAGCAGUCCUUCAACGAGAGAUCCAGGAUCUCGAGCUUCAGCUUGAACAGGUUGAGCAGCAGAAAACGGAGCAGGCAACCAGACUUCAACAGCAUAUUGCUCAGUUUGAACAAGAAAUUAAAAAAUUAAAAGAAAUUAAGAAAGAGAAAGAAGACGUUCUCCACCAGACUGAAGAAAGGGUGAAAGAUCUCGAAACAAAGUUAUCUGCUGCCAGUGCCCUCUUGGCUAAUAAAGACCAACAAAUUACCAGUCUCAAAGAAGAAGUCCAUGUCCUUACAGACGAAGCCCAAAAAAUCAAAGAUGAAAUUCGAGCUAAAGAGGAAAUGCUUGCUGACGUACUUCUAGAGAAGGCUCAUGAGCAAGAACUUCUUCAUGAUAAAAUCCAGUCCUUAACAACCCAAGUGGUAGACCUUAACACAUCACUGAAACAGGCUGAGCAGGAAAUUCAACUCAAGCAAGACCUACUGGCUAAAUCCCAACAAGAGAAUAUCCAGCAAAGGGAGGUACUCCGACAGCAGGUAGCAAGCUGUGGAGAGGAGGCCCAAAAACUAAAUGCAGAGAUACAGGUCAAAAAUGAGCAACUUGUUACGUUGAAGAAUGACAGCUCUCAACAGUCUGCAUUGCUGGAGCAAGAGCUAAAAGGUCUGAGAAACCAAGUAGAAAGUCUGAAAGACUCUCUCAGAAAGUCUGCGGAACAAGUUCAGGCCCAGUUAGUUAUAAUUGACAAGCAGGAGCAGGAGAGUUCUCAUCAGAAGGAGCUUCUGAAGCAAAAGCUCUCUGCUUCUGAAGACAGGGUGAGGAGCAUGAGUGUGGAGAUCCAAGCUGAAGAGGAACAGAUGAACAUGUUAAAGAAUCAAAGUUCACAGCAGUCAGAAUUACUUCAUCAAGAGAUAGGAGAUUUGAAGAAACAGGUGGAGUGUCUUAGUGUCUCACUGACGUCUGCUGAGGAGAAUUUGCAAUCCAAGGAGAGUCUGUUUGCCAAACAGCAACAACAGAAUUCUCAGAACAUGGAGGCACUACAGGCACAGAUGGUAGCUUCUCAAGAUGAGGUGAAGAGGCUAAAUGCAGAGAUUCACACCAAAGAGGAACAGUUGGCUCAGCUAAAGACUGAGACUUCUACUCACUGUGAAUUGCUCCAGCAGGAGAUUGAAGGGCUGAAUAAGCAAAUAGAAAGCAUGAACAUUUCUCUCGAGAUCACCAAAGACCAGGUUAAAGCCAAAGAAGAGUUGAUUGCCAAGCAGGAGCAGGAAAGCACUUCGCAGAUUGAGGCACUUACAAAGCACAGCGCAGUCCUUGAGGACAAAGUAAAUCAGCUGAGGGAGGAGAUCCACACUAAAGAGGGUGAGGUAGAUGCGUUAAAGGUUGAGAGCUGCAAGGAAUCAGUAGAACUACAAAAUGAGAUUCAAACUCUGAAGGAUCAAGUGGAAAGUUUGAGCGAAGCACUGAAGACUGCAACAGAGCAGGUUCAUGAUAAAGAAAACCUGCUGGCUCAGAAGGAAUUGGAGAUUUCACAAGGAAAAGAUACAUUUCAAAACCUGAUGGCAACCUCUGAAAAGGAGUUGAGAGGGCUUAGGGAGCAGAUCCAGGCUAAAGAGGAUCAACUGCUCCAACAAAAAAAAGAGGGCUCCAUACAUUCUGACAUGCUACAGGAAGAGAUCCGAUGUCUAAAAACCCAACUAGAUAGUCUGGUUGACUCUCUCACAAAGGCUGAGGAGAAGGUUAAGACCCAGCUAGUUAUGCUUAACAAGCAGGAGCAAGAGAGUUGUCAUCAGAAGGAGCUUCUGCAGCAACAACUGUUGACUUCUGAAGAUCAGGUGAGGAGGAUGAAGGAGGAGAUGCAAGCCAAAGAGGAACAGAUGAUCCUGCUGAGGACUGACGGCUCAGAGCAGUCGGGUUUGCUAAAUCAAGAGAUCCAAAGUUUAAAGGAACAGGUGGAGACUCUUGGUUCCUCACUGAGCAAGGUUGAGGGAGAUAUGCAAUCCAAGGAAGAUCUGUUGACUCGACGUGGAGAAGAGAUUCAGAAGCUUAAAAAAUGUCAGAAUGAGAAAGAGAGUCUCCUCCUCCAGACUGAAGAAAAGAUUAAGAUCCUUCAAACAGAAUUGUCUGCCGUUAACACACUUGUAGCUGAUAAAGACCAAAAUCUCAACACCCUCCGAGAGGAGGUGGCUACCCAAGGUAACUUGGUACUACAAGCAAGAGAGGAAGCUGAAGCCAAAGAGAAAAUUUUGGCUGAGAUAAGAGAGGAGAGCUCUAAACAGACAGAUGCUCUUCAAAACGAGAUCCAGGAUCUGAAGGGGGAAGUGGAAAGUUUGGGUGAAACACUGAAGACUGCAACAGAGCAGGUUCAGGAUAAAGAAAACCUGCUGGCUCAGAAGGAAUUGAAGAUUUCUCAGGGAAAAGAUGAAUUUCAAAACCUGAUUGCGACUUCUGAAGAGGAGGUGAGAGGGCUUAGGGAGCACAUCAAGGCUGAAGAGGAUAAGCUGGUUCAACUAAAAAAAGAGAGCUCCAUACAUUCUGACAUGCUACAGGAAGAGAUCCGAUGUCUAAAAACCCAACUAGAUAGUCUGGUUGACUCUCUCACAAAGGCUGAGGAGAAGGUUAAGAACCAGCUAGUUAUGCUUAACAAGCAGGAGCAGGAAAGUUGUCAUCAGAAGGAGCUUCUGCAGCAACAACUGUUGACUUCUGAAGAUCAGGUGAGGAGAAUGAAGGAGGAGAUGCAAGCCAAAGAGGAACAGAUGAUCCUGCUGAGGACUGACGGCUCAGAGCAGUCGGGUUUGCUAAAUCAAGAGAUCCAAAGUUUAAAGGAACAGGUGGAGACUCUUGGUUCCUCACUGAGCAAGGUUGAGGAAGAUAUGCAAUCCAAGGAAGAUCUGUUGACUCGACGUGGAGAAGAGAUUCAGAAGCUUAAAGAAUGUCAGAAUGAAAAAGAGAGUCUCCUCCUCCAGACUGAAGAGAAGAUUAAGAUCCUUCAAACAGAAUUGUCUGCCGUUAACACACUUGUAGCCGAUAAAGACCAAAAUCUCAACACCCUCCGAGAGGAGGUGGCUACCCAAGGUAACUUGGUACUACAAGCAAGAGAGGAAGCUGAAGCCAAUGAGAGAAUUCUGGCUGAGAUAAAAGAGGAGAGCUCCAAACAGAAGGAUGUUCUUCAAAACGAGAUCCGGGAUCUGAAGGGGGAAGUGAAAAACAUUUGUGUAAAACUUCUGGCUAAGGAGCAAAUGUUGCUUAAAACUCAACAGGUGUCUUCUCAGCAGAUUGACCUCCUCCAGCGGCAGCUUGUCUCAGUAAAUGCUGAUUUGAGCCAACACAAAGAGGCACAUGCUGCAGACCUCAGACUGAAAGAGGAUGCGCAGGAGUUGCAGGUUGCUACUCUCAGGGACAAAGAGGCUAUUUUUCAGGAAAAAGAAGUACUCAUGGCCAGGAUACAUCAGGCAGAAAAUGAUCAUAAAGCUCUCGAGACACAACUCAAAGCUGUCGCCUUUGAGCAGGAGAGACUUGCUCAAGCUAAGCAGGCUGUAGAGAGAGAGAACACAGCCUCUCGUAAACUGGAAUCUGCACUUGAGCAUGAGCUGGAGGUGUUAAAAUCGGAGAAAGUGCAACUCUUGAAAGAGAACAAAAAAGCUGAAGGAAUUGAGGCACUAAAGAGAGACCUGCAGGAACAGCUCUCAGCUAAAUCGGAGGCUGCAGAACACUACAAGUCACAGAUGGAGAAAGCAGUGAGUCAUUACAAUAGCGGGAGGCUGCUUCUCCAGGAAUGCCAACAGGAGGUGGCUGAACUCAAGCAUUCCAUAGAGGUCAAAGAGAGUGAAGCAAAGACAAUUGCCACGGAGAAUAAGCUGCUUCAACUGGAUCUGGAGAGAGCCCAAACCAAUGAGACAAAGCUUUUAGAAAUGGUGGCCAGUUUGAAGGCAAAGUUGGCCUUUGCUGACCAUAAACUACAGGUGCAGAAUACGAUUCAUGAUGAAGAAGGAAGUGCAACGGAAUUGUGUUACUUGGACGUUCCCAAGGCACACUCAAGCAUUCACACCAGGGUGAAGAGGACUAUAAGCUCUGACAGCCUGGACCAGAGCAGCCUGGAAGACUCACUGAACAUCACAAGGAAACCUUUAGCACCCGGUGAAUCGAGCACACCACUUGUUCGAAGUUCAGAGCGCUUGGCAGCCAAGCGACGGGUCCUGGAGACAGAGUCACUGGAAUCACUCUACUUCACACCUAUAAACACCAGACAGAACAACAGGGUCGUGGGAAAGCUGGAGCCAAUCCCAGCUGAUAUUGGGCGAGAGGCAGGGUACACCCUGGACAGGUCUAAUUUCAGUAUAGCCAAUCCAAAUAAUGUGAGUAAUGCCACUUUCUACAGUCUGGCCUCUGCUGGCUCCCAACCAAACCUCUCCAGUGCGCACUCUGCUCAACCUCAGUCCACGGAGCUGUUCAGAACAAACGACUCUGCCAGCGACCAACUCAUCGGUCUUCCAGGGUACAGACGGAGCACCAUCCAUUCACAGACCACUAGUACAUUUUGCGUUGGUGCAGAGAACGAGCCAGAUGGCGGCCCCGAUGAUUGGAUCAGGAUUGCUGAGCUGCAGGCCAGGAACAAGGCCUGUCUCCCUCAUCUGAAGAGCAGCUACCCUGUGGAGUCAGAGACUGGCCAUGGCGGUGUGCUCAUUUUCACCGAUGAAGAAGUCCGCACAGGCGACCCAACUGACACAAUCCGCCGGGCAUCCACGAUGCCUGGUCAGCUGCAAGACUCUCUCGUCUCCCAUCGUCACUCUCUCAUGAUGGGACAGUCCGGUGCUGCGGUCAGCACUCGUUCUCAUCGUCUGUCCCUGAUGCCCGGCCAGCUGCCGUCAAAAACCGCCAGUGCCUCUCAGCUGAGGAGCCCAAAAGGCACAAAGCGUUCUUCGUCUACAUUGUCUCUAUAUCAAACUUCACCUGAGAAAAAGGUGAAGGCCAGCUGCUUUCCCCGUCCCCUCACUCCCAAAAACAAGAACGUGAACAGUGGAUCUUCCAGCUCUCGCUUUCACCCUGUACUCAGUCCAGCUGAUCGCAGGCAGUCUAUGGUGUUCACUAUUGACAACACUCCUAAAAAGACCAACUAUCUGAAGAAAGGGCUGAACAAACUGCGCACGUCCACCUCCACCUCCACCUCUGUCCUUUCAGGGGAUUCUCAUACUGGCGUAGGACGAGCCGGCAGAGCCAGCAACUUCAAGUCACCCCAGGUGACAGGUAAAGGACAGAGGAAGUCUCCACAAACAGCCAGAAAGACUGGAAAGUCUCCUGGACUUACGGCUAGUGCUCGCAAGAUAAUGAGGAGAAUGAAGGUGUGAGGACUGGUCACCAAUUUGGUUUUAUGAUCUUCUACUUACAUACUUUACUUUUUUUCUAAUUGUUGUUGUUUUUAAAAUCAUUUGUCAAUCCAUCUUUUAUCCUUUCUGUAUUAUAUUUACAUGUUUCUUAAUAAACUAGAUAUUGAAAAGCC